CCUUCCUGCCCGCACCAUGGAGUUCACCCAGAGGAAGAGAAGCAGGAAAUCCCAAAGCUUUAAACUGAUCAACGAAGAUUACCAUCAUGAGAUAUAUAAGAUCUCUGACUACAGCAAUGAUGUUAAUGGGGAGACCAAAGAAACACAACCAGUUUUUUUAGGAGAUGAAAGCCGGGAAAUUAAAAAACAAAUUACAGGGAUGAGAAGAUUACUGAAUGACAGCACUGGAAGAAUCUAUCAACGAGUUGGCAAAGAAGGAGAAAAACUGAAGGAGGAGCCCCAAGAUUUAGACUUAGCCUGGGCCCAGCGCCUGAAUCCCCCUGCAGAGUCCCAGGCGAGCCUUCAUCCUUCACAGAGCAGUGCAUGGAAUGAAUUAUCACCCCAAGCUAGCCAUUUUUCAGGGCAAUACGGAACUCGAUCGAAAACGUUCCAAAAUCAAACGCGAACCGUGGCAUCCAAUGGAGAAAUCCCGAUGGUGAAUUCAUCAAUUGGACCAAACUGCUGUACGUGUAAUUGCCAGUCAACCCUACAGGCUAUUCUUCAAGAGCUCAAGACCAUGCGAAAAUUGAUGCAGAUUCAAGCAGUUGGGACUCAAAACAGACAGCAGCCUCCUGUUCCUCUGAUUUGUGCGCAAAAGUCAACAAUAUCAAGAAAGAGAAAUAAAAAGAAAAAACUGCCUCUCAAAACUGUUGAACCAAUUACCACGAAUAAGAAACCCAACUCUGCAGAGAACGAAAAGAAGCUGUCAGCAAACUCGGAACGAUCGAGUCUGCAAGCAGUUGAACCCCCCCUAAAACCAGAAACCCCUGUUUCAGGAUUUGGAAUUAUCCUUGAAUCAGCUUCAUCAGAUCCAGAAGUGCAACUUGCAGAAGGCUUUGACGUCUUCAUGCCGAAAUCUCAGCUGGACUCUAUAUUAUCAAACUAUACUCGCUCAGGAAGUCUGCUCUUUAGGAAGCUGGUCUGUGCAUUUUUUGAUGACAAGACUUUGGCUAACUCUUUACCAAAUGGCAAAAGGAAAAGAGGGCUCAAUGACAACCGGAAAGGACUAGACCAAAAUAUUGUGGGUGCAAUAAAAGUCUUUACAGAAAAAUACUGCACUGCUAACCAUGUGGAUAAACUUCCUGGUCCUAGGGACUGGGUCCAGAUUCUUCAGGAUCAAAUUAAACUUGCAAGAAGACGAUUAAAAAGAGGCUCAGCAGAGGCAACUGACUGUGAUGAGAAGCCGGACAUUUCUCUGCUACAAACAGGUAACCUUUUCGACACCACAACAGAUCGUCUGAUAGACGCAAACCCAGAUUUUUCAGCUUGAAUUUGACAUCCUGCAUCAGUGUUCUUAGCGGAUAGAAACAUCCUCUCCUUUGAACAAUGUUCCCGCAAGAUCAGCGUGAGAACUUCAGCGUACCGCAAGACGUGGACAUCCACACCGUUUUCCCUGUCAAGUUUGUGUUGUUUCACGCAUUUUCCAUGUAACCUCAAAUAACGAAAACACCAGAUUGCUUCACUGUUCUUCAUCUUAAUUAAACAUGAUUUCCCUCUGUAUCCAAUGCAUUAUUUAAUUAGCAGGGUAUCCACUCUGAAGACAUUCUCUUGCCUUUGUUUUUCCUCUGUGAUUGUAUUUUUCCACGUGAUUGUAUGCUUGCCAGCAGUGUUUCGUCUUAAGCCACGCAGAGGUGAAUACACACAGCCGGGUGACUCUUCCCGUCCCCGGGGACCGGGGUGGCAUCUCUCUCCAUCACAGACCCCGGGGGCUCAAUGAGCAUUUGACUCGGCGAAGCUCUUCGCUUCUGCAGACCCACUUUUCCUUUCCCGGCUGCUGUGGUACCAAUGACCAGUCGUACGCAGCUGUGAUUAAAAAGUCCUCGCUGGAUUUAGCAGGAAAUAAAGCAGCAUUCCUCCCAGCAGUGCCCAGUUUCCUAAUUAUAGCAAGGAGAAGCUAUUCUUCAAACAAUUUCCCCUACGUGGUCCUAACGGGAUGGCUCUCGAGCAUCUUUGUAGUGCAGAUUGCUGGAGGUGGUCAUUCUCCUCUCACUUUUCCCUCCCAGCUUGCCCUACCACCUCAAUCUCAAAACGGAUUAGUUUGCCGAUAUCCAGGAAGAGGGUCUGCACGCUGUGAUUUUUCAACCACUGCCCUUGGAGACAAUAUUCACCUAUUUUAAAAAAAAAGAAGUCACCUUCUGACUGGCACUCUAUUGAUAUCUCAGCAGCUGAGUGAAUCGAUCAAGAAAAUUGCACUACCCUCUUAGACGCUGAAAGGGUUGGUCCUUUCAGGUCAGGGCUAAGGUAAAAUCGUACGCAGCCCUCCAUGCAAACCUUCACUUCUGCACCUUUCAUCAGCACUAAAUUCACUUUAAAAAUGUCGGGAAAAAGUCUAGAAGAUCUUACCUGCAACAUCUAUCGAUCACCAGGUAGUUUGAGCGUGUUUCCUGCAAUUUGAGGGAGAGCUUGCUAGAGCCUUCACCAUUGUGUUUCCUUUCCCUGUGUAUAUUUUAGGUGCAUUUUUUUUUUUUUUUUUUGGAAACUAUUUGGCCUUUGAGUGUCUCAACAGAAGUGCUAUUACAGAGUGGGAUGGUUUUCAAAAUAUUUAAUCUUUUUUUUUAACAAUCCUAAAAUCCGUUUCUCAGAUGUCGCCGAAUGCCCACAAGUAACACCGAAGCCAACGGGAGUGGUUUGGUCUCUCGGCACCUGAGAAACCACGCUCCCGGCCCUUCCCCACCCACCUACUGUGGACUUUUAGGAAUGACCAUGUUCUCUCUGAAACUGUGGAACAGAUCGAAUAUGCACUGCAGACCUUAAAAUUUGAGUCUUUCCUUCCUUCAUGGCUUGGAGUUGCCUGCAUUGGGCAGGGGGCACUGGUCUGUCGUGUCCGUAUCGUAACCCUUCAGCAACGGAAUCAGCGUUUUGUAAAUUUGGAAGAUUGCAUUUCUGUUUACUUACUGUGACUACUGUUCAGACUUUCUUCAGAGAUCUUUUUAUAGGGUUUAUUAGAGAGAAGAAAAAAAAAAUCAUUCCAUAUUUAGGUAAAAAUGUCUCAAUCUUCUGUAUAUAUGUUUUAUUAAUAUGUAAAUAUUUAGAUAUUUUUAAAUUACUAUGUUCUUAAUAAAGCGACAAGGGACUAGUUGUGAAAUGGUGUAUAACAUUGUGUCGUGUUAUCGAUCUCUGGGAAACCCUCUUUGUCAGUUCAGAAAAGAAAACCUACAAUAAAUAAC